GGGGCCGCUCCCCGCUGCGUCAUCAGCGAGCGGCGGCCGCUCCUGCCGCCGCUGCCGCCCGCCUGGAAGCCCGAUGGGCUGCUCCUGCGCCCCGCCCCGGAGUCUGGAUGCAAGUAUGGACAUAAAAGCCUAUGAUGUUUUCUCCGGUCCACCGCUUCAGAGAUAUUGAGAGGAAACCUGAAUACCUCCACCCAGAGAAGUGUAUCCCUCCUCCUCGCCCGGGUUCUCUGGGAACCAUGUGGUUUAUCCGAGAUGGCUGUGGUAUUGCAUGUGCUGUCAUCACCUGGCUCCUGGUCAUAUACGCAGAUUUUGUGGUCCUCUUCGUCAUGCUGAUUCCAUCAAGAAACUAUAUUUAUAGUGCAAUCAAUGGAGUAGUAUUCAACAGUCUUGCUUUCCUGGCUCUAGCUUCUCACUUCCGGGCUAUGCUGACAGAUCCAGGUGCAGUGCCCAAAGGAAAUGCCACAAAAGAAUUCAUCGAAAGUUUACAGUUGAAGCCAGGGCAAGUAGUGUACAAGUGUCCAAAGUGCUGCAGCAUCAAACCUGACAGAGCCCAUCACUGCAGUGUUUGUAAGAGAUGCAUCCGAAAGAUGGAUCACCACUGUCCCUGGGUUAAUAACUGUGUGGGAGAGAACAACCAGAAGUACUUCGUACUGUUUACAAUGUAUAUAGCUCUCAUAUCCCUGCAUGCCCUCAUCAUGGUGGGAUUUCAUUUCCUGUAUUGCUUUGAAGAAGACUGGACAGAAUGCAGCUCAUUUGCCCCGCCCACCACAGUGAUUCUCCUCAUUUUGCUGUGUUUUGAAGCCCUCCUUUUCCUCAUCUUCACAUCAGUAAUGUUUGGGACCCAGGUACACUCCAUCUGCACGGAUGAAACGGGAAUAGAACAAUUGAAAAAGGAAGAGAGAAGAUGGGCUAAAAAAACAAAAUGGAUGAACAUGAAAGCAGUAUUUGGCCAUCCGUUCUCUAUAGCGUGGCUUAGCCCAUUUGCUACACCAGACCAGGGGAAAGCAGACCCGUACCAGUAUGUGGUCUGAAGAAUCCUUGACCAGCAGAUCCACUAAACACAAAACCACAUGACAGCACUACCGUUCAAUAAAUUUUACAUGAAUGUUUAAAACGAAAAAGCAAAACAAAAACUUUUUUUUUAACAUCAAGUAAAAUGGCGAGCAUUGCAGAGAAAAAAAGCCCCUUCUGCUGAUGAGCUCCAUUUUCUCAGGCUGUCCAGGCGUUUUUUUGGUGGUUGGAGCUCCUCCUCCUCCUCCUCCUUCUCCUCCUCCUCCUUCUCUUCUUUUUUUCAAAUCCUUUUAAAUUAACUUUCCUGGCCUUUGGUUUCUUCUUUGCUUUCUGUUUGGCAUAACUAAUGUGGAAGGGGCGUUAUUUGCUGGUGGUUGUGCCCGCCUCUCCUAACUGUGCAAGUCAUGACUUUGGUGGGACUAGCCGGUGGUGGUCCCACUAGUGAGAACAGAGUGCCAUCUGCCUUCCAGCACCUCUGGGGGCCAGCGUGGGGAGGAGGACCGUCCUGGGGGUAGUAUCCUGGGACCUCCCCAAAGAUGGACACUCAAUCACUGAGCUGGGAAAGGUUGAGGAUCAGGGAAUGGAGCCAAUCAGAAGGGCCUCUGGGGCCCUGGCUUCAUAGGACAGUGGGAGUAGCUUUAAAACAAGGCCCAGGGGCCUCUGCUCCUUGCUCCUGAUAAAGGAAGAUUGGUUCUGUCGAGCUGCCUUGUGGAUGGGAGGGAGGGAGGGAGGGAGGGAGGGAUGGGCUAAGUGGGAGUAAAGUCUGUUUCCACCAAAUCAAGAAAUUGUGCCCUCUGUUAGUCAGUAGAAUGACUAGGAUGGGCCAUUUCUUCUCAGUGCAAAAUGCCUUAGACUAAAGGAAGAAUGAGAAGUGCAACUUCAGGAGAGUAGCUCAAGCCGUUGUUUCCUCAGUGAGAUGCCAGUUAAGCAGUGUCAGUGAUGGGGGAUGUGGAGGUGGAGGAGGCAGAGACAUUGGUAUCAGAAUGUGGCCCCUGCUGCAGUCCGGCGUAGACCCUCCAAAAUGAUUCAUUUUCAGGGAUUAGCAGUUACAAAGCCGUCAAAGCAAAGUCAUCCUCUGAUAUUUAUGCACAGUAAUAAACACACAUACACACGUAAGUUGGAAGCAGCUUCAAUGUUAGGGAGUCAAAAUGCUACUAUCAUAGAUGAUGCGGGGAGAAUGGGUGGCACUCUGGCCUGUGGUUUCACAAAGCCAGGAGAAAGAAGGGCACGUGUCCUACACACAGAACAAAAAGGUGACCUUAGCCUGUGUGACCAAGGUGAUUGGGGUUUUGUGUUGGAGCAGAAUCCAAGGAGGGAACGGGGAGGACCUUUUGAAUGCUGGAUGUCUGGAUUCUUAUCAGUUGGUUUUUUUAAAAAUCCUUUUAUUUAGCUUUCAUUUUGAGAGUGUGAAUGAGAUGGAGUUAAACAUCAGUCCAAAUCUGGGUGUGGAAAAAGUCAGUAAUCUGUGCCACUUUUCAGAAAGUAAUGUGAAUGUGCCGCAUCUUCUUGAUUCUGUCAAUGCUUCCAUAUGGAAAACACAUGCAAUAAAAUUUUUCCAAAACUUGUUUUCUGAUUUAGCUCUGUGACCUGUUGCAAUAUAAGGAGAAAAUAAGCAAAUCCUCUUUGCAAUUGAUGUGAUAUUUUUCCCCAUAGUUCCUUUUUGACCAAUGAUCUAACACUCCUCUGGGAAAAAAGAGGUUCUAAUUGACUCUUCCCAAUGGGUGAGUAGAUGUCUCAAGGAUCGAAACUUUGGUUCCUUUGGUUUCCUUGCACCAAAUUCACUGUGUGAAUUUCAGCCCUCUAGCCUCUGGUCCUGUAAGAAUGAAGUCGAGAUGACAGGAUUGCACAUGUCAGUUACAGUAGCUGGAUUCUUGAGAGAAAGAGGAAUGUCUUUCGCAUGUGACCCCUCGGUUAGAAACAAGUUAGAACAAGAAAAAGCCACUGCAAACAACACUUUGCCUUUAUCUCGCUAGUAUUGUUUUGUAGAGAUCUUAGCUCUUUGGUUAUGACCUUUCAGAUUGAAACAGAUCACGUCCUUUCUGUUUGAUCAACUCAUUCAGUGACCUUGCCCAAAUCAAGUUCCUUUCCCUGCCUCACUUUCUCUAUUUAUGCAACAAAUGGGACUGUUUUCAGGACCUCUUAGCAAUAUUUUCUCCUUUUAUAUAUUAGGUGGUUUAACUCUGUAAUAAUACUGAUUGCUUAGCUUAAAAAAAUACUAAGAAAAAAUCAGUGUUGGAUCUUCACAAGAGUCUUAAUGUGGCUCACCUCCAACUUUGAUUGGCUCUUUGGUAGUUCCCAUGUUUAGCUGCCUUUAUUCAACAACUCCACUCCCACCUUCUUCCUAUCCAGUUCGCCUUUGGAUGGUACAGUAAGACGAAAGAAAAACAUGGCUCAGCAUUUGAAUGCCUUUGAAAUAGAAGCAGCUUUCACCAUUUCUAAGGACGUUUCUGCUCCUUUGAACUAGAUUAUGUUUCUUUAGUACCUUGCAGAUUUUACCUGAGUAUCUGAGGAGAGCAGUAAAUGUUUUCGCAUGUACACAUGUACUGAAUUUUCUGUGCCCUAAAAGCAUAGGAAGUUUUCUCUGUGAUCAAUAAUUUCUCACGUAUAUGCUAACAUUUGCCAAAAGAAGCACAUUGUAGGGUUAUAAAUCGUAGUCAGAUUACAGUCUUCCUUAUUGUAGCAUUUUUGAAUUUGGACUCAGUUUGGUGAUGAUGAAAGAGUCAUGGAUGAGAAGUCAGAAGACCAGAGUUCAGAUCUUGGCUUUUCCACUCACUGAUUGUCUUGCCUAUCCUUAGCCCAGGGGCCUAGUUUUCUCCUCUUGUCUAGUGAGGAGGCUUGGAUAGCCUAGGUGAUGUCUCAGGUUCCUUGCAGCUCUAGAAUCCCUCGAGCCUGUGAUAAAGUGGACGGAGUCAUCCUCAGAUGCACCUUGAGGAGAGGUGCUAUUGGAAUACAAAGGAAUACUGCCUGAAAUUCCCUUGUCUUCCCUCCUCUGUACCUUAAAAGCUAGGACAAGGAUCCACAAGACGUCUCCCAUGCAGGAUGUUGACUUGGGGUGUGGUGUGAGCACCGGUCCAAGAGUCGAGAGCUUGGGUUUUGGUACUGGCUCUGCCGCCAGCUUGGCCAAAUCCUUUUGCCUCUUGCUCUAAGUUUCAUCUGCAAAACAAGGGAGUUGGAUGCAACAAUCUCUGGUCCCCUUGCAGCUCAAUAAUUCUAUGAUUUCUGCUCCUGUUAACUACAUGUAAAAUGAAUGUGUGCAUAUGCAAAUCAAUGCAUCACUAUUGGUUAAUUUUUGUAUGCAAAUUAGUUUGUGUACAGAUGUGUAUAUGCCUGUCUGUGUUUGGUCUUAGUAGAGGCAGCAUAGUAUAGUGGGAAAAAUGUUGAACUUUAAGUCAGAGGACCUGGGUUCAAAUACCUGCUGUGCCACUCACUAUCAGUGUGACCUUGGGCAGUUCACUGUCUCUGAGCCUCAGUUUCCUCAUUGCAAAAUGGGGAAAAUAAAGCUUGCACUACCUACCUCACAGGGUUGUGGUGAGGAAGGUGCCUCGUGCUGUAUUCUUCCUCCUCCCCCCAGUAGAUUGUAAGCCCCUUGAGGGCAAGCACUGUGUCCUCUUCUCAUCUCUGUAUCCCCAGAACCUAGCACGGUGCCUUGCACAUAGUAAGCCUUUCUGUUAAAUAACAUCUUGUCUUUUGUAGUCCUUCCCUUCUGAGACCCUCAGGUAUCUUGUACCUACCAACCAACGUUGGGUCACCUAAGCCAGUAGGGAAAGGGAAAGCAGGGGUCAUUGAGAUCCACAAAGAAUGUAAAAAUCUCCUUUCAACCCCGUCAAUAUGUACUUCUUCGUACCUAGUGCAAGGCACUGUCUGUGGCUCCUUUCCCUUCUUCCCCCUUCCCCACACCUUCCAGUCUGUUUUACAAAAGACAAGGAGCUUUGACGUAGCCAGACUGACUAAAUCAUCUCGUUUUCCCUCGUGUAUUUGGGCAAAGUUACUUACUAGCCAAAGGGCCAGCAAUGGAAGCAGGGGAGAAAGCUGGGCUAACAUGCUCUUCCAAGUGGAUAAUGGGUCUGAGUAACCUGGGAUCGACGGGCUUGUAUCAUCCUAUGUGUAUCAACGAUAUAGAUGAAUUUGUACUUUUGUCCUUUGUAUGUAUGACUACUUUUUUUGGUUUUGUUUUUCAAUAUAUUUAACUCCCCCAGAGAAUGAUAUAUAUGAGAAUGCCUUGUAGAAAAUAAAGAAUUCCCCAUGAAGUGGGAGCAA